AAUUGGUGUUCAGAUCGUGUUCAAAAGAAUAGUCACUGACUUUCCCGUCUCACAUAAUGAAAACGUCACCAUUGAUAUUGUAAUUUCUUUUGAAAACGGCAAUAAGCUGAAAGGUUAAACCUUUUAGUCCAGGUGAGAAACUCAAUAUAGGUAGUAAAUUAUUACUGUACAUUUCUUAAAUUUAUGUCCUUAUCGCAUAAUAAUAAAUAUCAAUAUCCCACUUUCGAUUGAAGUGAAGUUGGAGUAUUUUCGUAGUGGUAGUCUGAGAGUCUACGUAUCGUAUCGGGCAUAUUUAAAUAGAUUAGGCUUAGGAGGUAGUGUCGCGGUGGCCACCAAAUAAAUAUAUAAAAGACGACUAAAGAUAGUCAAUAGUGGCUUAGACUUAAGAAUUUAUACUAAUUUAUACUUAUACUAUCACUCUUUACUUUUGUCUAUGUUAAGUUAUAAUAAUAUUUUUUAUACAAAGUCGUAAUUAACCACUUGCAAUGGCAAAUAGCAUUAAAAUAUAAAUGUGUCUUCUCUGUCUAAUAAAGAGAAUUUAAAUAUAGCCUAUUUACCAUCACUCCCAUCAGGGCAGUGGAAAAGAAAUAAUAAAACGCCCUUACCGUAAGGGCUUUUUAUUAUUUCUUUUCCGCCUUACCUCUUCUUCUUCUAUAUUUUGAGAACCCAUGAUCAAUGAAUUGAUCAUUCUGGCUCCUAUGUUUCUGAGGGGUUCCCGAUUUAACUACAUGGUUUUGAAGGGGAUACUACACUGGAUGCAAGGGUUCCUCAGCAACUGGGGGUUAGAAAACUGGAGGCAAUAGCCGAUAGCCGCAAAUGUGUCUAGUGUAGUCGCCUCAACUGUUGCUUUUGGAAGCUUGUUCCUGUCCCUUAUUAUCUUUGGCAGGAAUGAGGAGUUCCUGUACUUAGUUCUUGUUUUUAUGAGCCGGAACUGCCUUUCAUUGCCUCAUUGCUGUCUAGGGGGGAGAGGGAUGGGUUUCUGUUUAAUGCUGGAGCAGUGGAUCCAUUUUUUAUCUUGUACAUCAUGGAGAGUCUGGAUAGUCGUCGUCGUUCCACCAAUGGUGACCAGCCCAGUGUUUCCAGCAUGCUGCCAACACUUGAGGUGUUUCUGUAACGGUUCAGGUCAAAGCAUGCUGCCCGUCACUGGACCGCCUUCAACCUGUCAAUGCUCUUCCGGGUCAAUGGGUCCCAGACUGAAGAUGCAUACUCUAAAAGCGGCUGGACAAAGGCCUUAUAGGUUUUUUUCUCGUGCUUGAGUGUCCGAUCUUCAGAUUUCGCCUUAGGAACCCUAGGGUGUUGUUUGCCAUGUGCAAUAGGGAGUGUUGAAAUGUUUGUGCAUUAAAAAUUGCAUGAUCAAUUUAAGGCCUGGAAAACCAUAAUUAUAUCAAGGGCCCAUUGCACCAUUCAAAUUCACUUACUAAAGAAAAAUUAUUGAUUUAUUUGGAAAUAGCCUUAGCCUGAAUCCCACAAGCACCAAUUCCCUAAUAUUACUUUGAAAUCUUCAAGACUCGAGCAUCCGGCUUGAGCCCAGUUCACAACAAAUACUGUGUGUAAUUGGAAGUGAUUUUGUUACAGCAGCCAUUAAUUUGAAAGGAUCUGAGAUGUUAAAAAAGGAACCACCAAUGAAGAAAACAGUGUUUUUUACCUUCUUGACAAGACCCCAAUAGUUAUCACCUCAUAUCUUAUGAAUGUGACGAAUAACCAAAUUAUAACACCCAUUAAAAAUAAAAUCAGUUAAAAUUAUUAAUGAUUUAAAAGGAAGUGCAUAAUUUUUUUGUAUGUAAGAAACUUAAAACACAGAACUUAAAAUUAGAUAUAAGUUCUUAUGUAUGGUACAAAAACAACUAUGUACUUCCUUUAAUAAAUAAGCAAAGCCAAGGAAAGAUUAUUUUCUAUUUAUUGAUAUUAGUUAACACCAUGAGUCUGAACCAAACAUUAUUUUCUUUUCAAUCAUUACAAUCAUUACUCUCCAAAUUAUUCAUUUGAGACUGAAUUCUUUUCAGGUCUCUUAAAAACAAAAAAUUAAAAAAUGCCAGAAAAAACAGAUAUUUGCAGCAUAGAAGGGAUGUCAAUUUUUGAUGAAGUGUUCCCUGAUAAUGUAUCUGUUAGUGAUCUCUGUGACUGUGGGUAAGUAAUUUUGUUAUAAAUAGGCAAUAGCAAUUUUUUUUUCUGUGAAAUAAAUUCAUGAUAAAACAAAUCAAAGUAGGUACCCUAAUUAACCAACAGGCAACACAAUAUUGGAGUACAUAGUGCAUAGGGGAAAUUAACAUGAGCUAGUCCAAUUCUCAUACUAAAUAGAAUGUGAUUCACAUUAACAUGAAAUGCUAAAAUUUAUUAGAUUGCACUGUGUUGUUUCAUAUUUACUGUUUGUAUGGGAAAAAUUUCUGUAGCUACAGUGUUUGACAGCUUGGUAAUAGACUAAACUUCAUUCCUUUUGUACCAAUAUGGUUUUAUAAUAUAUACAUAUAUCAUAUAGGAUAUAUACUGGUAUCUAUAUAUGACAAAACCAUAUUGAUACAAAAGGGACAUAGGUUAGCCUAUUGCCAAGGUUUUCCUUCUCUUGGAGACAUUGCCCAUGACACGUCUGGCAUCUUUUAUUUAUAUAUAGUGCUGAAAUAUACUUCAUCAGUUAAACAUGUUUCUAUCAGAAACUAGUUUUGAUUUCAUAUAUCGCUUUUAUAUUUACCAUUGUGUGUUCUGCAGCCGUCACAAGAGGCAGCAUUCUCACAAGUCCAUGCUCCAACAAACUAGAGAACCUUUCCCCAAGUCCGACUAUAUGUCAACUUUCCAAGCGGUGCAACAUCCUCGACCAAGAUCAUCCAAACGUCCUCCCAUGAUACCUUGGGAUCCCAAGCUGCCGCCAAUGUACAUUUCAACUAAUCAAAAAGAUGCAUUUAAAGACUUGGGGAAUGUUGAAAGAGUGAAGCCGAUCAUUCAAGUGCGUAGUUAUCUAGUCAUAUUAAAAAAACUUGUCUCGAGGUAAAAGUGACAUGAAUCAGGAUAAGAUCUUAGUAUUUUAGAGCUAACUUAAGAAUCAGAAAAGUAAAACAAGAUAAUUAAUAAUCUGUAUUGUAUUUUUUAGUCUGACAAAUAUGAGCCAUGCAAGGAGCCACUUGAUGGAGUGACCUUUUAUUCUCAAGAAUUCACCCCAAAGCAGGUAAGAGUCAAUUCCAAAAACUUAAAAUAAAUUCUGUUGAAAGGUUCAAAGCAAGAAAGUUAGUACUCAGUAUUAUCUGGCUAUGCUUAAAACUAAAGUUAAAUUGGUAAAUAAACUAACUCUUGGGCAAACUAAUUUAUGUAUGUUAUUUAGCUUUUUCUUUUUAAACAUUAAAUCUGUCCAUCAUUUUGGUGAAAUCAAUGUAAAUCUAAAAAUCACAAUUUAGGUCAUGACAUACUACCUAAUUUUCAUCACACUGUUAUAGACUUUAGAGUAUAUAUUAAUUUGUAGAGAGGGAGGGCACCAAUUAAGGUAUUGAAUAGUUUCUAAUACAUGAUUUUACUUUGAAACCAUAUAUUUUAUGUUAUAAAAUGAUAAAAAUAUGAAUUCUCAUGAUCUCUUUCAAAGAUAAGUAAUGAACCAGUUUUGCGGCACAUGCCACGCCACGACUUAAUUCACAGAGAGCCUGCCAUAUUUGAUGACAUGACAACCAAUAAACAACACUACAAGAGAUGGGUGCCACAACCUUGUUUAAGUUUUGGGGAACUACCAAGCUUCACGGGUAAGCCAAGUAGUUAUCACUUUGAAAUUUGUUGUUCAUUUCAUUUGUUAAAUAAUGUGUUUUUGAAUGUAAUUUUUUUAAUGUUUAGUCAUUUCCAAAUAAAUUAUGCAAGUUUGCCUCUAUUAAACAGUUACCUUCAACAUGAUGAACAAAUCAACCUUUUAAAAAAAUCAUAAUUCUUUAUAAUUAUUUUCUUUUGUACAUAUCAAUAAAAGAGAAGUAAUUACAUAAUCUAUAAAUUAUUUAAAGAUUUGGUUUAACCAAUUUAUAAAGCUAAUGUGAUAAAUACCGUAUUUAUUGGAGUAUAACAAGCCCCCGCAUAUAACACGCACCUCAGUUUAAGAAGGAAAUUUCAGGAAAAAAAGUAAACAUUAUAUCGGCGUAUAACACGCACACAUGAUUUGCCCCCUAUUUUCGGGGAGAAAAAGUGCAUGUUAUACGCCAAUAAAUACGGUAGUUAAUUUUAAAAAAAAAAUGCACCACCAAUAUUUCUGAAUCAAAUAAUAAUAAAAAAAUGUUCCUUCUAAGGGUUUCAAAAGCUUUUCAAUGUUUAGAACUCAUUAUGAAUCAUUUGACUAAAUCUCAAACUCUAUACAAAACUGUAUGCCUAAGCAUCACACCCCCUUCAAAAGUAACAAAGCAUUUUUAAACUGGGAAUAUAAUGGAGUUUCAAAUGUUUGUAAAGAAAACUUUAGAACAAAUAAUAUUGUGACAUAUUGCAUAUAGUGAAAUGCUAAUGAAGAGAUUAAUUUAAAGUUAAUGAAUGGCUCCUCUGUUCUUGUAAUCCCUUCUCCUUGCACUCCAUGAUGUGUGAGGACAACAAGUGGUUAAAACCCACUUUCAGUGAUGGAGAAAUAUUUUAUUUAUUACAUAUUAAGUAAAUGACACUUACUUGGUAUAACUCCAACAGCAAUUGUUUUUGGAGACUGAGAUAAUGGAGGAAUAUUUUGUAUUUGUACUUAACCGAAAAAAUUACAAUUCAAGACUCUAUUUUUCCUCUUCAGGUUCAGUGCUUUUCCCAGACAAAGAAAAUGUUCCUGUAUCUACAAUGAGACAUGCAUUUACAGGAACAUUUGCACCACCUCCCCCUCAAAUGAAGAUGCCACCAGCCAGUAUAACAUUAGAAGGUUUACUAAAAUAUUAGUAUGAUUAUAAAACAAUAUUAUAGACGAUACAUGUAACAUAAAAACAGUAUUAUUUAAACAUAUUUAAGACAAUAAUUUUAAAGCCAAGUUGAUUAUGACGGGACAGUGUUGUUUUUUUCCUUCUGUCUCAAUGCAUGAUAAAAGUAAAUGAUAGUUCAUUUUUAUCAUUAAUGUUUUUAGUGACUCUGACAUGAAACUGUAGGCCUCAUACAAUUGUUGUUUUUUUAUAACUGUAUGAAGCAUUCACUAAAUACAUCUGAAUGUUGAUGCAGGGGACCAUCUAUUUGAUACAACUCAUAAUUCAACCUACAAACAAAUUGAUGGGGACCACAGGGCUAGAAAAAUCAUCCAAAAUGACACGUCGCCUCUUCACAGGCGGGGACAAUUUCUAGGUGUCACACAAACUCAAGAAGACUUUCCUGGGUUCAAAGGAGGUCAGCCCCGCCCACCUCGACCCGUAGAGCCACCACACGCAACUAUUGAUUUGAAAUUUGACAACAGGUAGGCCUACAAAAAUAUACAUAAUAUAAUAUUCACAUCUUUUGUUUUUUAAUUCAGCAUUCACUAUGAAUGUGAGUGAAAAUUAAACAGAUAACACUUUAUGAGUUUAGCCUUUAUAUAAAUAUAUAAAACACCUUUUCUGUUAUAAAUAUUUUUAAUUUUAAUCUAAAAAAAAACAAAAAAAAAAAAAAAAAAAAAAAAAAAAAAAAAAAAAAAAAAAAAAAAAAAAAAAAAAAAAAAAAAAAAAUAAAAAAAAAAAAAAAAUAAAUAUAUAAAACACUUUUUCUGUUAUAAAUAUUUUUAAUUUUAAACAAAAAAAAAACAAAAAAAAAAAAAAAAAGCAACCAAAAAUUUAAAAAGUUAAGUGAGAUUUUCUUACAAAAUAAAUAACUUUUGUAAUUGGCAACCUAUUGGCUUAAAAUUAAAAAAUAUUUUUACUGUCCAAACAGGCAUAAUUUUUCAACUGAAAAUAGGACUAUCUUCAGAGGACAUGAUGUGAAAGAUCAUCCUGCAGCUAAUUCUUGUAAAAAAGGGGGUGAUGACUACAAAAUUCCUUCUGUUAAAUUCGAGACAGAAACUAGUCAGAAGGUUGUUUUUUUUUUUUUAAUUUGUAUUUUAUCUUUAUUUGAAAUAAUUAUUAAAUUAUUUGGCAAAUUUUUUUCUCUCCAAAUGUAUUUUUUUAUUUUUUUAAACAGUUGAUGACUUGUACAUUAUCUAGUAAUUUAGCAACUAUUUAUACUUACUUUUUAAAAAAAGAUUUUAAUUUAUAUCAUUUAGUUUUAGUGAGUAAGAACUUAUUUGUAUGUUUAUGUAUCAUGUUUAAAUGUCAGUUUUAAUUAGUUAGAAGAAUAUGUAGUAAUUUUAUAAUGUUAUCAAUUGCCUAAAAAUCAGAGAGAUUACCAGCCAAUUGAUUUGAAGACAGCAGACAAUGCCAGAAUUCGGAUUCCCGUGUCCCAUCUUGCCCUUUCCGCUGAUGCUAAGUUUGAUGGUCGGACAAUGAACAGUGACUUAUUUCAAAACUGGGGUGUUCAGCCCAGAGUCAGGUAAAUAAAUGUGUGGGAAGGGAGUGAGAAAAAGAAAUAAAAAAGGGAAGAUUUAAUUUAAAAUUUUAUUAAAUCUGAGAUUGCAGAAGAAAGGUAAUUACCUUAUUUAACACCUGUUCAUAUUUUAUGGUACACUUUAAAAAAAAAAUGAAUGUACAUUUUAGUGUACAGUUACGAAGAAUAAAAAUCCAUGAAUUGUUAAUUUCAAUUUUUUAAUAACUUACGGACUUGUACACUGGUUGAAAUAAACUGACAUAAAGAUACACAUUUUAUAUGAAGCCUCAUUUAUAUGCAGUUUAUUUUUAAAGUAUUAUUUUUUAAGAAAGACUUAAAAGACUAAAAUAGACAUAAGCCAGAUUAAAUUGACUACCUACAAAUAAAUACUGUAAAAAAACAGAAAUAUGCAGAUUCAUUUUUGUUCUGGAAAAAAACCUUUUUUUUUAUCAUUUAAAUGUUUCAUUAAAUUUUAUUGGUGCACCCUACAAUUCUCAGUGCAUAUCUUUAAAAAAACUUUAUGAUACAUUAUACUUUGUAACAUAGCCUCUCUUACCCUAUGUAUUGCUUACACUGCUAUUUUUUUUUUAGUUUGAAGUGAAAUAAAGAUGACUGAAGUUUCUAUUUCUUCUCUUCCUUAAUCCAUGUCUCUUCCAGAUUCGGAGACUUCCAUGAAAACAAGCCUUACAUUCCCAGCAUGCAACCGUUCAAUGCCCAAAGUACAACCAAGUCAACAUUUGUACCCAAGCCUGUGGAACCAAUUAAGAAACACAGACCAGAGGACAGACCUAUCUCUAAAAGUGGAGAGGUAAGUCCCAUAGAAGAAGCUGAAUUUUACAUUUUCGUAAGCUGCUUAUGGUAUGUUCAAAUAAAAAACAAUUAGUAUUACGUAGAAGGAGACAGAUUUUCAACUACAGGUUCUGCAUUUAAAAUCUAUCUAUUGUAGUCAGUAGCAUUCCAGAUGGUAAUUCAAUUUAAAUAAUUUAAUUUAAGUUUUUUUUUUUUUAAUUUACAAAAAUAAAAUUAAUAUGAAUGUCAGUAGACUUAUGAACAUUUAGUUAUGUCAUAUUUCUCCUCACAAUUUGUAUUUCGCAAAAUAAUAUUAGUUAUCAUGUAAUUUAUAUUUUAAGAUUUUAUUUUAGAUAAAUAAACAAAUGGGGUUAAUUUUUGCUGAUCCUGGUGUGCUCCUCAGGUUUAAUUUACAAAAUAUGCUAUUGAUAAGAAUUUUCAAAAAAAUUGUUAAAAAAAUAUUUCAUAUUUAAUCAAAAAAUCAUUUUCUCAUGGGUUUUCUCACAAAUAUAUCUUGUACGAUUGAACAGGGAAAUUUUAAGACCGUUUAUCAGGAUGAGUUCCAAAAGAAGGAGGCCAGAAUGUGCCGUGCCCAGGUGUAUCUAAUUCAGCAGGAGCUGAAGAGGAGGAAGAGAGAAGCUAUACAGCAACAGCAGCUACUACUCCAAAGUCAGCCUAGGAGUAAAUGUGCUUCUGCCCCAAAUCCUGUCAGUGCAACAAAUGCACAAGUUGAGGCCUAAAUUUUUAAUCUGUCUCAAUAAGUUACUAAAUUAUUGGCUAUAUUUUGAACUCAUUAUUUAUGAUGAAUAAAAAUCAUUGUAGCAGUCUUAACACGAAUUGUGAAGCGGGGGAAUUGUGAAGCGUAAACAGUGCUAAAAAGUUGGUAUUUUUUUUACUGAAGAACAUAUCAGCUUCUCUAGUGACACUAUUUAGACAUUUAGAUUUUGUCAGAUUUAUUUGUUGCUGCUUUUUACAUUUUUUUAAUUUGAAAUAGACGCCUGCCUUUAAAAACUAUCAAAUACCAGUAACUGAAAUCAGUUUGAAUUAAGAGUUUUAAAAAUCCGUUAACCAAAUUUUAAAUAAGUAAGUAAUGGAUUACAACAGAAAGGGAAAUUCAUUUUUUGUAUUUGAAUGGUAAUAAAUAGCUAAACCCUCCAGUACAGUGGUUUUCAACAUUUUUAUACAACAAAGACUCCAAGAAAUCAAUAAUGUUCUCCCCAAACAAGGUGAAAUUUAAACACUAUGCACAAGCUGCUAGUCUUCUAAAUUACCAAUGAUAUCUUAAUAAAGAAAUACAAUUUUUAGCUAUUAUUCAAAGUAGAAUGAAAGAUGUUAAUUUUGAUAACUUGGGCUUAACAUCUUGUUAUAGGUUUGUUGGGGCAUUUUUUUCCUAUUGUCAAGGAUAAUUUAAGACAUUACUUUUGUUAUGACUGAUAAGCAUCACUCCACAAGUAGCUAGUAUAUAUGUUGAGGACACUAUACAUUUAUUCCAGGGGCAAUACACACUGUUCUAUUUAUUCCAUUAACAUUAUAUUGAAAAAUUAAGAACACCAAAAGUUUGUUUGAUUGGAAAAUUAUUCUUUUAAAAGAUGAGAAACUAUUUUAUAGAUUGUUUCUCAUACUUUUCCUGUCCAAAACAUAAAUUUAAUAUAAGAGAAUAUUUUAAAUGCAAAAAUAAUGUAUUUUACAGAUUAACUUAGUGCAAUUGGCCUUAUUUUUUUAUGUAUUAAUAUCAUACAUAAUUGUUCAUAUUUUAUCCCUCUAUACUCCUAGGUUAACUGAAUAUAUCUCAGUACCCAUUUAUCAGUAUUGUGUGUGGGAUAUUGUGAAGUAGAUGGAUAUUAAUUUUUUCUUUCAAAAAUUGUUUUUUAAAUUUAGAUGUGAAGUGGUGUUUGUAAAUUUACAAGAAAUAAAAAUGUGAUGUUUGAAGAAUUUAAUGCC